AAAGCUAAUGCGAGCUAACCCGAGCUAACAGCGUCAAACAGCCCUGAAACAUGGAACAAGUGAAGCUGGAGGAGGAGACGGAGCUGUGGGAGCAGAGAGGAGGAGCAGAGGAGCAGGAGGAGCACAGAGGAGGAGCAGAGGAGCAGGAGGAGCACAUUAGCCCCGCGGAGGAGGCGCACGGCCCGGGCCCCCCUCGGGUUAAAGAGGAACCAGAGGAGCCACAGGAGGAGCCACAGGAGGAGCCACAGGAGGAGCCACAGGAGGAGCCACAGGAGGAGCCACAGGAGGAGCCACAGGAGGAGCUCCCCUUCGCUCCUGUCACUGUCAAAACUGAAGACGAUGAAGAUGAAGAAGACAAGUCUGUGCUUCACCAAAGACCAACUGAGGAGAACAGAGAGAAAACCAACGGAGAGGAGUGUGGAGCAGAAGCAGACUGGAGCUUCUACUGUGAAGAGCGCCUGAAGGAGGAGCGCCUGAAGGAGGUGGAGGAGCGCCUGAAGGAGGUGGAGUGCCUGAAGGAGGUGGAGGAGCACCUGAAGGAGGUGGAGGAGCGCCUGAAGGAGGUGGAGGAGCACCUGAAGGAGGAGGAGUGCCUGAAGGAGGAGGAGGAGUGCCUGAAGGAGGAGGAGGAGCACCUGAAGGAGGAGGAUCGCCUGAAGGAGGAGCGCCUGAAGGAGGAGGAGGAGCACCUGAAGGAGGAGGAGUGCCUGAAGGAGGAGGAGGAGCACCUGAAGGAGGAGGAGCGCCUGAAGGAGGAGGAGGGGAGUGACGUGGACUCGGACUGGAGCUGGGAAUGGGAGCCUCCGCUCAGACAAACCAUGAGAAGAACUGUCUCCAUGAUGGAACCCAAACCAGAUUUUCAGUUCUCAUCCUUCGCUCCUGUCUGUGUGAAAACUGAAGAUGAUGAAGACAAGUCCUCUGUGCUUCACCAAAGAUCAACUGAGGAGAACAGAGAGGAAACCAACGGAGAGGAGUGUGGAGCAGACCAGAGACCAUACAGCUGUUCAGACCAGAGACCAUACAGCUGUUCAGACAGUGAGGAGCAGACUGACAGCUCUGAUGACACCGAUCGCUCUGAAGACUAUAGUCCAGCACAAGCUCAGGCCAAAAGAAGCUUUGUGGUGAUUCCUCCUGAUGCCCCUAAAGCUGACAGACCAUACAGCUGUUCAGACCAGAGACCAUACAGCUGUUCAGAGUGUCAGAAAAAGUUCAGAUGCAACGCCGAUCUUCAGAGACACAUGCCAGUUCACACAGGAGAGAGACCUUUCGUGUGUUCAGUCUGCGUCAAAUGUUUUAAGCACAAAUCAGAUCUGACUCGACAUUUCCGACUUCUCCAUCACACGUGUCCGGUUUGUGACGCCGUUUUCACCGACCAUGUUUACCUGAGAGCUCACCUGCGGCUGCACGCGGAGGACGGGACCUUAGACCCAGCUGUACAGACUGGUGCGGACUUCUCUGUGGCUGAAAACGCUUCCACUUUCAAAUGUUCGAUCUGUGACAAAACCUUCAAACAGAAGUCUGACUUGACUCGGCACCAACGCGGCAAACACCACGUCUGUCCUGUUUGCAGCAAAGGCUUUAAGAGGAAACUGAGACUGAAGGAACAUUUGAGGAUGCACGUUGAAGAGGGGACGCUGGACCAGUCUGCACUCCUCAGAACCGUCUCCCCAGCUACCAACAGGAGUGGGAACAUCAAAAAACACAAGUGUCUCGAGUGCGGAAAAAUGUUUCUGCGCACCGAUCAUCUUCAGAACCAUGCGCUGAUCCACUCCGGAGAAAAGCCUUUCAAAUGCCCCAUCUGCGACCGAGAGUUCAGACGCAUUCACCAACUCCAAACUCACAUCCGGGUCCACACGGGAGAAAAACCGUUCAUCUGCACCAUCUGCCACAAAACCUUCACCCGCAAAUUCUGCCUGGAGGAGCACACAAGGACCCACUCCAAAGACAAAACUUACAGGUGCACAGUUUGUGAGAAAGGUUUCACGCUACCCAAGGGUCUCCGGGCACACAUGAGAAGUCACUCCGGAGAAAAACCUUUCAGCUGUACUGUUUGCCCCAAAAGGUUUAAAAGCAACGAGAACAUGAAACGCCACAUGAAAACACACUCGGAGGACGUGACUCCAGAUCAGCUACUCAAAGAAAUGUUCAAUGACAAAGGAGAGAAACCAUUCAGGUGUACAGUCUGUGAGAAAGACUUCAGUGAAAAAGUUAAUCUUAUCCGACAUAUAAAGAUCACUCACGCCGGAGAGAGACCUUUCAGCUGUCCAUACUGUGAGAAAACGUUUGGGCAGAGAUCAAACUUGGACCGACACAUGAAAACGCACACUGGAGAGAAACCGUACUCCUGUCACUUCUGUCAUAAAGGUUUUAUACAGAAACACAACCUCAGUAUUCACCUGAGAACUCACACGCUAGACCCUGCAGCUGUUCAGUCCAGAGAGGAGCCAGACCCUGCAGUUGAUCAGUUUAGGGAGGAGCCAGACCCUUCAGCUGUUCAUUCCACGGAGGAGCCAGAGUAG